AUCGAUCGUCCGUCUUUUGACCGCCCUUCCUACAACCGCCCGGUGCAAGAGCGCCCUGUCUACGACCAUCCACCCCAAGACCGCUGGAACCCCCGUGUUCGUGUAAGCCCCGGAAAUCAGGUCUUCAUGUUGGACCAGGAAGAGGUACACCCUUUACUGAUGCGCGAGAGGCGCUCGGAGUCGCAGAGGAACAAGCUGCUGCGGCGGACAGUCAGCGUUCCCGUCGAGGGAAGGCACCAUCCUGAGAUGGAUCAUCGCCCCCGGCGGAAGAGCAUAGCCACAGGAAAGCAGCCCAGCAUGGAUGUCUCUCCCACCGCCCCCCUUCAACCCUUCAGACAAUCCAGUUUCCUCAGUAGAAGGUUGAAGGGCUCCAUCAAGAGGGCCAAGAGUCAGCCCAAACUGGACCGAACCAGCAGCUUCCGCCACAUGAUUCUUCCCCGCUUCCGCAGUGCUGACCAAGACAGGACCCGUUUGAUGCAGAGCUUCAAAGAGUCACACUCCCAUGAGUCAUUGCUGUCCCCCAGCACCGCAGCUGAAGCUCUAGACCUCACCCUGGACGAAGACGCCAUCAUCAAACCCGUCCACUCCAGCAUCCUGGGACAGGAGUACUGUUUUGAGGUGACUACGGCAUCAGGAACCAAGUGCUUUGCGUGUCGCUCGGCUGCCGAGAGAGACAAAUGGAUCGAGAACCUGCAGAGAGCUGUCAAGCCCAACAAGGACAACAGUCGCAGGGUUGACAAUGUGCUCAAACUGUGGAUCAUCGAGGCCCGCGAGCUUCCAGCCAAGAAACGCUAUUACUGCGAACUUUGUCUGGACGACAUGCUGUACGCCCGCACCACCAGCAAGCCCCGGACCGACACGGUGUUCUGGGGCGAGCACUUUGAAUUCAACAACCUCCCCGCUGUCCGUAACCUUCGCCUUCAUCUGUACAAGGAGACGGACAAGAAGAGACGCAAGGAAAAGAGCACAUAUCUAGGACUGGUCAGCAUCCCCAUUUCAAGCAUCACUGGACGUCAGUUUGUGGAGCAGUGGUAUCCGGUCAUCCAGCCCAGCGUCCUCACUAAAGGAGCUGGAGUAGGAGGAGGAAAGAUCAUCAACGCAUCCCUACGCCUCAAAUCCCGCUUCCAGACCAUGAACAUCCUGCCCAUGGAGCUCUACAAGGAGUUCGCCGAGUAUGUCACCAAUAACUACCGCACGCUCUGUGCAGUGUUGGAGCCGGUGCUGAGCGUCAAGAGCAAAGAGGAAGUGGCCUGUGCACUGGUGCAUAUACUACAGAGCACAGGGAAAGCGAAGGAUUUCCUCUCAGACAUGGCCAUGUGUGAGGUGGACAGAUUCAUCGACCGGGAACACCUUAUCUUCAGAGAGAACACUCUGGCCACCAAAGCCAUAGAAGAGUACCUCAAACUGAUCGGACACAAGUACCUCAAAGACGCUAUAGGUGAAUUUAUAAGAGCCUUGUACGAGUCAGAGGAAAACUGUGAAGUGGACCCCAUGAGAAUACCACCGUCUGUACUGCCCGACCACCAAGCCAAUCUCCGAAUGUGCUGCGAGCUGGCACUCUGCAAGAUUGUCAACUCCCAGUGCAUUUUCCCCCGAGAGCUAAAGGAAGUCUUUGCCUCCUGGAGAGUGCGCUGUGCAGAGAGAGGCCGCGAAGACAUCGCCGACCGCCUCAUCAGCAGCUCGCUCUUCCUGCGAUUCCUGUGUCCCGCCAUCAUGUCCCCCUCCCUCUUUAACCUCACCCAGGAGUAUCCCGAUGAGCAGACGUCACGCACGCUCACCCUCAUUGCCAAAGUCGUGCAAAAUCUGGCAAACUUCUCCAAGUUUGGCAGUAAGGAAGAGUACAUGUGCUUUAUGAAUGAGUUUUUAGAGAUGGAGUGGGGCUCCAUGCAGCAGUUCCUCUAUGAGAUCUCCAAUUUAGAAAGUGUCAGCAAUGCAGGUGGCUUCGAGGGCUACAUAGAUCUGGGCAGAGAACUUUCCAUUCUGCACAGUUUGCUGUGGGAGGUCAUAGCACAGCUCAGCAAGGAUGCUAUCAUUAAACUGGGUCCCUUGCCCCGCCUCCUGAAUGACAUCAGCAUGGCGCUGCGUAAUCCUCACCUCCAGCGGCAGCCCAGCCAUCAGACGGACAGAGUGCAGGAGAGACAGACAGACAGACAGACAGAGAUGCCUCUGUUGAAACUAGGCCUGCUGUCGCGGCCUUGUUUCAACAGAGGCAUCUCGUCUGACUUUCAGAAUCUGAUGAUGAGGGACCUCAAUAGCUCCAUAGACAUAACUCGCCUGCCCUCCCCCACCUCAACUGGAGGAGUAAUGCCAUCCCGCACCCAGAUGAGUUUCCAGGACCGCGACCAUCUUCAUCGAGCCCCGUCCAAAGACAUGUUUUACGUUUCCCGUCCUCCCCUCGCUAGAUCCAGCCCGGCCUACUGCACAAGCAGCUCGGACAUCACUGAACCGGAUCCCAAGGAAUCCCGAAUGAACAGCGUGUCUAACCUGCAGUCGGUGGACAUGCUCAACUCCUCCCAGGCCUCCAUCGCUGGCAUGGGCAGCUUCGGAGGGCUGAGCAGCGGAGGCGGCGGCGGCCUGGGCUCGGGCCUGAGCAGCCAGCUGCGGGCUGGUGGGCGGUUGUCAGCUGGCUCCGGCGGCUCCAGCAUGUCCGGCGGCCUCCGGCUGAGCCAGCUGACCCAGAUGGGCACCACCACCGACUCGCUAUCCCAGCAGCAGCAACAGCAGGCCGCCGCCAUGCGCUACCCGCUUUCCUUCCAGAACCCGCUCUUUCAUCUGGCGACCGCAGACGGGCCUCAGCAGCAACAACUCCACCACCAGCACAGCCGGGCCCAACCCCCCGCACCCCUGCUCCUGGCUCCAGAGCCCGAGCCCUCGCAUCAGGCCUACAUCCCGCAGUUUGCCCACGGGGGCUUCUCCAGGAGCGAGGACCUGUCGACCCUCAGGACCAGGGACGGUCACCUGGGCCAACCCAGCAUCAUCCACUCACACAGCUACAGCGACGACUACACCAGGGCCGACUACGGACGCAGGCAGAUGUCCAUGCAUGUGCAGGACAACCUCCAACCACAGCAACAAAUGAUGGGCAUAACCUCCCAAACAGGGACCUCCCACUCCUCCCUGGCUGCCACACCCCCUACCACAGUCCAACCUGUGCGCCAGAGCUCUGUGGCCCCACCUCCCACUCAACGUGUCAAAUCUCAAACUUCCCACCAGCUGUCGGUCAGUUCGGCCGCUGCUCCCGCCGCUCCGGCUAAAACGAGGCCGCAGAGCGGGAAUCUCCUCCAAUCGCCAGAGUCCGCCUACGGGGUCAGGCAGCACGGACCCCGGCAGCUGUCAGUUAAAGACAACACUGCCCCUGGUCUGCCCCACCAGCAGAGCUCCGUAAGGGAAAGCCAGAGUCCACAGGGAACUACCAGUCAGAGUACCCAACAGUCACCACAGCAGCAGCAGCCGCAGCAGCAGCAGCCGCAGCAGCAGCAGCAUCUUCUCAAACCCACCAUGAGCAAACAGGGCUCUCAGUCUCCAUCCACCCUCAAUCCUCCAACCCCAGCCAAUGAGCGGACUGUGGCGUGGGUGUCCAACAUGCCUCAUCUGUCCGCUGACAUUGAGAGCUCUAGGAUUGACCGUGAAGAUUUCAAGCUGAAGGAAUACUCCAAGAGCAUGGAUGAGUCACGCAUGGACAGGGUACGUGAGUACGAGGACGAGAUCAACUCCCUGAAGGACCGCCUACUGAUGUCUCACAAAAAGCUGGAGGAGUACGAGCGGCGGCUCCUCACGCAGGAACAGCAGACCAAUAAGAUUCUGCUGCAGUACCAGAACCGACUGGAGGACAGCGAACGAAGGCUACGGCAACAGCAAGUGGAGAAAGACUCCCAAAUUAAAGGGAUAAUUAGCAGGAAAGAAGACACGGAAUGAAGACAGGGACAGUUCUGCACGGCCUUAAUGGGGAAAUGGCCUAAACCACAGUGUACAUAGAAGCACCUCUAAACAAAGUGUCCAUGUCUUUGUGCUGCUGCUGCUGCUGCUGCCGCACACGUCAUCAUUUUCUUAAAUGAACAAAACUCUUGCUUUUAAACCUGAUCUUGUGGUCACCUGAGAUGAUUCCUAGGCUUAAUAAUCCGGUCAUCUCCGGAUGUUCACGAGAUUUCACAGUAAAAGCACAAGAGGAUUUGACAGUUGAUGACAUCAGAGACACCUCUUGCACUUUUUAAAGCAACACAAAGAUUUUUAUUCAUUUAUUUUUGGGAGACCUUAAAGCACAGGACUGCAAAGGACCAUGGUUUAACGCACUAUUAGCUCUUCCAUUGUAAAUCAUGGCAGACUGUGGUCACUGAUGGACGGCUGAUCUAUCUUUCUACUUGGUGAUCACGUGAACUGAAGCCUUUUCUCGAUUUUCCAACAUGCUGUUAUGCAUGUGAAGCUUUGUUGCGAGAUGAAGCGAGAAGGUCACAGACACAGCUACAAUAAGUCUGUGAAUGAUAAAGAAACUUUUUCAGCACUUAGUUAGGUUUCCACCUCCACGGGGGGAGAAACCUCGAAGGGAAAUUGCACCAUUUUCAACAUUUGGUGCUGUUGUACGUUUGGAGGAACAAGACCCUUUGAUUCAACAUACAGUAGAUCGAGGUUUUCCUGACAAUGUAGCCAAAAAUUACACCGCUGGAUAAUAGGCUAGGUUUCAUGACCCUGCUUUUAGCUGCACAACAAAAUUAUAAUUUCAAGUGCUAUGCAACAUGAACACUGCAUACAAGGAGGGACUUGUUGUUCUUAUCCUAAGAAGCUCCAGUAGCGCUUGGAUGAGAACUUUGGAACAUUAGGAGUGACCUCCUAUAGUCCAGGGCUCCAUCGAUAUCUUACUAACUCUUCUCCAAUUCUUUGGUUCAGUCUGACUUUAGCGCAAAAGCAGGAGGUUAGAAGGAGCUGUUCAAAGUAGUCACACUCUAUACCAGGGAUGCCAAACAUACGGCCCAUGGGCCAAAACUAGGGGACAUAAACUUAUCAUUAAUUAUAGGUAAUUAUGUUAUGAUUGUACUGGUCCGGCCCACUUGACAUCUGACCAGGCUGUAUGUGGCCCCUGAACCAGAAUGAUCUAUACUUAAUCUAAGGUUAUAGAUGGAACAACACCUGGGAGAGGCAGACACACACACUCACAGGGGUAGGUGUGUUUACAAAGACUACAUGUAUACUGUUACCUUCACAAUGGCUGUGUUAAACACAGCAUUCAUGUUGCAUAGUUCUUGUAGCAAUAUUUUGAUCUUAACAGAAACACUGCCUCCGAGGAUGGCUCAAUGCCAGUUGGUCUGGUAUUGUGAAACCAAGCGAUAACUUGGUUAAUGUCAGAUUGUCCUUUUCUUUUCUCCUACUGUCAGUACUUGAAAAACACAGUUAUGUGUGGAGAACUGCAAAUUUUAAAGGAAACACAAGCGAAUAUGCUCACUUGUGUUGGACACUGUUUGUGUGAGGCUGAACAUCUGACCACACAAGGCUUUUCUAAGGACUUGCUGAGUAGCAGAAGUGGACGCUUCCUAGACGACUGACAUGACUCACAUGCACAGAACGUAGAGGCAUUUUCAGUGCUAGUACCAGGACACUUUAGGACUUGAAAGAUGCAUAAAAGUGCCUGGAAUUCACCAUCAGAUCAUCUUCCAUGAGCAGCUUACUCAGUCUGAGGUUGUAGGAUAGAUAGAUGGAUGGGUGACUUUAUUCAUCCCUGCAAUUGCUGUUGGUGGGUGAAGUCUUCAGAAGAGCUGUAUAUUUUAAAGUCAAUGGACUAGUUUGGAAGCUGCACAUGUUAGCACAAAUAAUUCCUGGUACUUUUUGUGGUUCCUGGUACUAAGCACUGCUUGGGUAAAAUGUCUCAUGUCACUGUAUGCGUCUGUGCGUUACAUGACAUGUUGAAAUGUACCGUAGGAACAUAAGAGCAGGAGGGUGUGAAGAGAUGUGCUCUCAGACCUUCAUACUGGACUGAACAACAAACCAGAGCCUUAUGUUUUUCCACUUGACCUCAGUUGAUCUUUAUUUUCCAGCGUUUGAUGCGAUUGCAAAGCUGGGGUUCUGCGAACAGAAGCCGUCUCAAAUUCCGGGUUUCUGCAUGGGCUUGAAAAAAAAAAUCUCUUUAUCUGCUGAAGUCAUUCAAGUGUUAGAGAUUUUCUUUCUGAGAGGCCUUAAUGUUCUGUACCUAAACUUCAAAGCUCAGAGCAAGUUUGUUUUUUCUUUUUCUUUUUCUUUCAGUUUCUUUUUUGCCUUUCGACCACAUACACUUUUCUGGGUCUGCACAAUCUCUUAUUUAAACCAAAGUGGUAUGAAAUGAUGAGUUUAGGUCCUGCUAAGUUUAACUCACUGAAAACACUUUAACCUGUGGUGCUUUUCCUUUGGAUUCAAUCACACUGAAAGCCCUACAGGCUAUUAGAAUAUAUAUUAUAAUUUAUAUUAGAAUUCAUUCUAUUUAUUUUUUUGUCAAGAUAGUUUAAUGAAUUUCUAGAAGCUAUAUAUUAUAAAUAUAUAUUAAAUAAUUUAUCUUCCAUAGGAGUUUACCUGUAAAACACAUUGGAGAAACAUCAUAAACAUUGUACAUGUUAAAGUAAUGCUCUAUUUUUACUCAUAAUCCAUAGCAUAUUUAAGUUUGUAAUGCAAGAGCCAUAAUAAUGGAGUUAUAAAUAAAGUAUUUAGAUAUAUAUUCUACUUUUUUUUAGAGUGACAUUUUAGUUUCAAUCUCGCAAUAGCAAACGUUCUAGCAAAAGAAACGCAAUAAUAGAUACUAUAUGUCCAGAUUUGAAGGAUCCCGAUGAGAGAUACUACAUGUGUUUGUACAGAGCCACUGAAGGGACCAUAGGGCAAAGAAAAAGAAGUAAAGUUAUGGUACAUAAAUAUCUAAAUCGACAAGUUACAUAUGAGAUACAAAUAGUAGCAACUCAGUACCUACUUUAAUUGUUAGCCAAAGAACAGAUUGAAAGUCAAAGAGCUAAAAACAGAUUUGGCAGAGAAAAUAUGAAAACAAAUUAAACAUAAAUAAGUAAAAAAUAGCUAGCUUGCAAAACUAGCCAAAGAUUAAGCGAAAUGUAGUUUUUAUCAUGGUGCAAAUCUUCACUCACAAACCUCCAGUCACAUUUUCUGGAAAUGAAUUGGCAUUAGCAAUUAGCAAUUCACUGUGGCACUUAAGCAUUAGAUGUCAAAGACCUGUAUUGUUCCAAGCAAUCCAAAAAUGCAUUUUCUACAGCAAUACUAAUGCUAACCAACAAAAAACUAUAUAAAAUUGUAAGAAUUCUCUAACUAAGGACUCCAAAAACGUAAAUAAGCUGGCCUAAAAUCCUUUCUUUUUUACCUAUGUCCCUUGGAGAUUCUGUAGUUUUGUGUAAAUAAAGAAACAGAAACUUCCUGCCAAAACCUUUUUAGGUGCCAUCCAGUGUCCAAACUGCGAGAGGAAAAAAAAACACUGGAAAACUGUACAAAAAGGUAAAAAUCACUGAGAUCAUUUUGCAAACAUUGUUUUGUUCUUUUCCUUUUUCAGCUAUUCAUGUAUAGUGUUUGUGAAUUUGUUUGCAUUAUUUUGAAAUGAAAGACUGCCGUGGAUAUAUUCUCAUCUGUAUGGUUUCUUGCUGUACAUGCCCGUUUUGAGCCAUCGGUGCUGUCCAGUGACUCCACUCAGAUAGUUUCAGUGAGACGGUUGAACAGAAGCAGUUACGGUAUAAUUUAAAUAUUUAUCAGUAUUAUUUAAAGGCUAUCCAUAUUUAUUAUUUGUUAUUUUUUUCUGUAUCUGUCGCUGUGCUGAGAUAACGGUUAUUUUUCACGUUCAGUAUUACGGCCUCUCUUUUGUAGCAAGAAUAUAUUAUUAGGUAAAAUAUUCAACACUUGUAAAUGAAAUCAAAGUGGUGAUGAGUUUUUGACUUUGAAGUCUGUGUGAGUGUGCGUGCGUGCGUGCUUGUUUGUUUGUUUAUGUGUGUGUGUGUGCUACAGCUUAGAGACCUGUUGUCUCUUUACGGACCUGAAUCAAAUACAGUUGCAAAGAUGUUCCUUGUUUUUAGUCAAAUUGGAGAUGGUAAUGGCUUAAACAGUCAACAGUAAAUAAAAUGCUACAAAACAUACAUUACACCAUUAUUAAUUAUUCACAAACACUAAAAAGCCCGAAAAAUGAAAGAAAAGAAUAAAAAAACAGCUGAAAUUUAACCUAGUUAUAUUUAUUGCUUACUUAAUUAACAUUCCACUUGCACACAUCACAGGCUAAAAGUAAAAAGGAGGUCAUUUUUAAUGAAAAGGAGAAAAUAUUUGCAGCUAAAUUUUGAUCCAGUUCUGUUUUUUUUUUCUUCCUUUUGUUGCCUUUACAAUAACUCUAAUUCUAUUUGUUUCCUGCCUUUUUUGUCCCUGUAGCGGUUCUGAUUUUGACCUCAUGUUGCUUGAUUACACAUUAUUUCUGAUCACAUGUACGACUUGACCUCAAAAGCACACUACUUGAAAAACAAUUUGAUUUAUUUUCCUGACAAAUCCUUGAUAUUUUUCUUCCCCCUCUCUCCUCACUGACACAUCACCCACAUGAGCCAUUGUCUGCCUUUGAAGUCAUGUCAGACUCUUGAUGCUGUAAACUCAUGUUACAUUUCAUUGUUAUUUCCUGAGAUAUUUAUGUCUGUGCUUCUGAUUGAUCCUUUUCCUUUUCCUCUUCUCUUCUUUUU